UUUGCUGCCACGCAAAGCAGGAAAGUGCGGCGGGCAGGCGGUUAGAAAGUCCUCGCCCCGCCCCUUGCCCACGCCCCGCUCCGGCACUUGGAGGCGUGAGCAAGCUGGGACCCAGCGCUGGGCGCCAAUUAACACCCACUCCCUGUCGCUGGUACCAUGGAGGCGGCGGCAUGUACGGAAAUCGAACCAGAGGAUGGCGACAGCAGCUGCAAGGAUGUGUGUUUCAUGGACAAAGGCCUGCACAGAGUUAUCUUUAGAUUCAUCCCUUCAUGCCAUCAAUUUGCAUUGUAAUAACAUCUCCAAGAUCACAUCCAUUGACCACAUUUGGAACCUGCGACAUUUGGAUCUGUCAUCCAAUCAAAUAAGUCAAAUUGAAGGCCUGAACACACUGACAAAGCUAUGCACUUUAAACUUGUCCUGCAAUUUGAUCACAAGAGUGGAAGGACUCGAAGCACUGGUAAAUCUGAUUAGACUGAAUUUGUCUUAUAAUCACAUAAGUGAUCUCAGCGGGUUGAUCCCCCUUCAUGGACUAAAGUAUAAACUUAGAUAUAUUGACCUACAUAGUAAUUAUAUAGAUAGCAUCCAUCACUUACUUCAGUGUACAGUAGGAUUACACUUCCUAACCAAUCUUAUUUUAGAGAAAGAUGGAGAAGGUAAUCCUAUCUGUCUUGUACCAGGGUACCGAGCAAUCAUUCUCCAGACUUUACCACACCCGAGAAUCUUAGACUGCAAGAAUAUAUUUGGUGAGCCAGUAAGUUUGGAAGAGAUAAACUCAUCACACCUACAAUGCUUCGAAGGUCUUUUGGAUAAUUUAGUUUCUUCUGAUUCCCCCCUGAAUAUAAGUGAAGAUGAGGUCGUUGAUAAUAUGUCAGCACCACCAAUAGAUGUGUUGCCUCCUUUGGAGGAAUUUACAAGUGCACCAGAAGAAAAUGUUUUGACCUCACUUUUAUCUGCGUGUUCAGCUGAACCAGAAAAAAAUAAUCAUGAAAACAAUUUUCAAAAUGAGAUGAAACUUCAGAAAUUAGAUGAUCAAAUCCUACAGCUGUUCAACGAAACUAAUAAUUCCUUAAUAGAUAAUGUUCCUGAGAAAGACCUCAGACCAAAAAGAGACACAGAUAUAACUUCUGAAAGUGACUAUGGAAACAGAAAAAAGUGCAGCAGAAAAGUUUCCAGAAGAACAAAAAUCCCAUACUAUACCAGAACUAUUCAAAGUAUUAAGCACCACAAUAAAAACAAUGGUGCUUUUGUAAGUUGUAAUCGUAAAAUGAGACAGCCUUACUUGAGAGAUUUAUAUGUAAGAUCAUCGUUAGUAAACUGUAAUAACUUAAGAGAAGUAGAUGAGCAGAAGAAUGGCAUGAUUAAAGUAGACAAAAGUGCUUCGAGCGACAGCACUUACCGGUCCCUUGUGGAACAGUUAGACCAAGAGAGAGAGAUGAGGUGGAAAGCGGAGCAAACGGAAAAGAAACUUAUGGACUAUAUUGAUGAGCUACAUAAGCAAGCAAAUGAGAAGAAAGAUGUUCACAGCCAGGCAAUCAUUACCACAGAUAGCCCUUCUCUGAGGGCCCAUUUACAGGCCCUACAGAUUGUGCAGAGAGACGUCUGGAGACCUUUGGCCGCUGCUUACCAGGACAAGCUUGAGCAUCCGGUGGUGCCACACCCGUUCCAGAUUAGAGACACCAUGUGGGUGCGCAGACACCAGACCAAGAAUCUCGAGCCACGGUGGAAAGGACCCUACACCGUCCUCCUGACUACCCUGACCGCCCUAAAAGUAGACGGAGUCUCGGCUUAGAUCCACACACCACACGUCAAGGCAGUCCGGUCUGAGGAAUUGACUAAUCACAACACUACACCCCAGACAUGGAGAGUUCAGCGCACUCCAAACCCCUUAAAGUUAAAACUCCUACGUGGCUCCUCCUAGCCCUUUUGUGGCCUAGAGUCAGUGGGGGAAUAAGCCCCCACCAGACAGAAAUUUCUUGACCAAGUCGAGUGAAAGAUUUCACUCAAAGUU